GGCUUCUCUGUUCUCUGUGGGCACACAUGUUUGAGCUUGACGAUGAGGGAGUUUUUACCUCAAUGUGGUUUCUGUUAUGCCUUUUCGAGCUCGUGAUGUCUCUUUCUUCUCCAUUAAGCUAAUGAUUGAAGUGAGGCUGAAUUUAUUGACGAGGAUGAGGUUUCACAAUAAGAAAUUUGGGAAUGUUGAGGUGGGCCGAGGGACCUAGGAGGAGUACGAGAAUCUCUGCUUUGAAUGCUCGCAAAGCGCAGAAAACGAGAAAAGGGAUGGGUGGUGCCCUCGAGGGACCGGCUUCUGCCUGCCGGACUAGAGGAGCCCGGAGAAAGAGAAAGCUGCAAGCCGUUGAAGACACUGAAGAUGGGAGUGAUGACCUGCCAAGCCAGGAAGAUCAACCUGAGGGAAGCCCCAAUGACGAAGAACAUGACACUGAAACUGGGCAACAGUCGAUUGUGCCAUCGGCGACCAAGUUGCCUGAGAAGCAAAUGCUCGAGCUGGUUCUCGACACUCUACAAAAGAGAGAUACUUACGAAAUAUUUGCACAACCAGUUGAUCCAAAUGAGGUUGAGAAUUAUUACGAAAUUAUUGAAGAGCCAAUGGAUUUCGGGACGAUGAGAGCUAAGCUUCAUGAAGUAAUGUAUGAAAACCUUCAACAGUUUGAGCAUGAUGCAUUCUUAAUCACCAAAAAUGCGAUGCACUUCAAUUCUUCCUCCACCAUGUACUUUAGACAGGCUCGUGCAAUCCACGAACUAACAAAGAAGGUCUUUCACCUUCUGAAAACUAACCCUGAAGAAUUCAAACGACAAUUCUCAGAUACAAGACGCAGAUCUACUAGGAAGCUCACUAAACCUGAGAACUGCAGGGCAUCAUUCAGCAGUAAAUCAUACCGGAAAGCCACAUCGAACACAAGAUCAGGGGGUGCAGUAGAACAUGAACCAUCGAAGAGCACACAUUGUUUCUUUAGCCCAAUGAGUCGAACAGUCCAAAUAGGUUCUACUCUUGGGGAGGCUACCGAUGGAAGAAGGGAAUCAGACCGGCGCUCCACGUACAGGUCUUGGAGAUCUAUGCUGACUGAGAGCAGUUCGAUUUUCAUGGAUGCUAUGUCCAAUAGUAUGCAGCCGGUAAUGCUCAUAAAUCAGCAGGAGAUCAGUUAUGCAGAAAGUCUGAUGUCAUUUGCGAAAAACUUAGGUCCGACGGCUCAAAAGGUUGCCCAGAAGAAGCUGCAGGGACUCGGACUGUUCAAUGCCGACCCAUAUGGCAGCAUACCCACUUCAGAGUUCAGUUCUUUUGCUCCGAAAACUCAAGCUCAUGAAGUUUCAACUUCGAUUCAGUUGGGUUCACAUGACAAAUCAGAUGCUGCACGAUCACCCUUGAAGCCUCUGAGUUUACGGGAUCGCCCGCAGAGGCGCCCUGUCGUGCUCGGGUGCACGACCUCGAAACUCUGUUCUGGCCUAAUUGAUGCACGAAAGAAGGCUACUCCUAUCGAGCAAAAAUCAAGCCUCUCUCGUGAUUUUCCCCAGAUCAUUGGUCAGAAGAUCUACGAGACAGACUCUCCCGUCAUUCCUGGAGUCGAGAGGGCAAGUGGUCAGUUAAGUUCAUAUCCAUUCCACACAAAGAAUCAAACGUGGACAUCCGAAGCAGCCUCGGAGAUAUAUCGGGCAGAUAAUUACAAUUCGGGGAAUGAUGAAACUAUCCAGAAUUUAUCGCACCCAUGGCUCCAAAGGAACGUGGGGAAUCUGCAGAACAUGAGUCUGGCCAUGAGCCACAGAGAGUAUGCUCAUGCAGGCCCGAGCCACCUUACACCUCCAACGCCCCAGUUCAAGUUUGAUUUGCCGUAUCUAAAGAUGAAGCUCGAUCAGAUGAAGUCAGUGGAGCAGGAGAGGUUAGUAUAUAACUCGGGUUUUUGUAUUCCGAGCGAUCUGUUCACCAAUGAGAGCAUCUACCAGGGAGACCUCGAUCGAGAAGCAAAGGAUGCGGGCUUUGGUGGUUACAGGGGGAACCAACAAGGAUCAUUUGAUGAUGGUUACUUUGAAGAUUUGGCUCUCCAGCUGUGAGAAAUUUUUUUGAAUAUUGAACAACUUUUUGUCAUGUACAUGAAAAAGGGUAUACAAAGAUUGUUGGAGGAAUUGACUCGUUAACUUUUGAUGCUUGUCAAAAAUAAUUUUGUUGGCAAGUUUAUCGGAUUGCAUUCGUAGCUUUCAAGAUUGAU